UUGUCGCUGCUGCUCGAUUAGUUGAAAGACGCACGCGUUACGGCAUGGACACAGACGAGAAGAAGGCGGCGGGCACAUCGUCGGGCCAUGAUGAGAUCGAUUUUACCAGCGGCUACGAAACACAAUAUCGCAAGGAAUACAGUCCAUUAAAACCGAUCUAUGUUCCGCCACCGGAUAAACGCAAUGCCUGGUUUCGCAGUUGGCCAACGAUACUGAUGAUCCUCUUUCUGGCCAGCGUAUUUCUCCUUGGCACCAUUCUGCUGGUGGUGCAAGUCUUCACGACGAGCGUGUUGCAGGUGCUGCUCAUUGUGGCUGCCUAUGUGGCGAUAGCAGCUGUCAUGAUCUGGAUGGAGGUGCAGAGCAUCAAAGUGCGAUGAUUUCUUCUUAGUCAUCCAACCAACUUCGAACAGUGUGACUAAUGUGACGAAAUAUAUCAUUUUGUUGGGGAACAUUUUUAAGUGUUGUGUCAACUUAUUAAAUAUUAUCAUAUCGGAAUGAAAAGACUUUAAUAUAGUUAAUACCAAUGCCAAAUAGCGUUUAAAUACUGCGAAAAGGAAACAAAUACUGUAUUUAGUAUUUAUAUAAUACUAUAACUUUGUCGUGCUCCUGAUACGAUAUGUAUAUGUGUGUGUGUGCGUGUGUAUCUUAUGUACAAAACCUGUUAAGUGUAAUCAAACCGCUUUUUUUAUGACCAAUAAAUGAAGCAACCAACACAUAAAUAAGAAAAUCAUAUAUAUAGAGUAUGUUCUCUUUAUCCGUUGUGCAAGAUAAGCUAAAUUCAAUUGAGACCUAAAUCACUAUUAGUUAGUUAGUUAUUGCAUCGAGUGACAAUGAAAUAUAAUUGGUAACACAGCAGAACUCUCGACACUGAAGGUCAUCGAGCACAGAAAUAUAAACUCAUAUAUAGACAGUUAUACAACAAAAAUAAUUUAUUGCAAUAAAAAUAAAACUUGUGAAUCAAUGGCGCAAACCA